CUUUUAGUUUAACGUUGUUGCUAUAAAGGCAGAAGCGAAACGUCCUCGUGGCAGUAGUAUUGCCCCUGCGUGGCCGGCUCGACUAAGUGCCCCCUAGUUUCCGCAUAAAGGAGACCGAACUUUCUCGAUCUUUCCACGUUUACGGAGAACUUUCAUCAGCGGUUUCUGCACUGAAUUACGGCUGCCUUAUCUCACUACAGGAUGUCCUACUAUGAUGCAGAAAUGGGAGGGCUUGGCAGCUCUUAUAAUGGAGCAGCCGCCUUCUCAGAAAAAGCGGUCCGCCAUGGGUUCAUUCGCAAGGUGUACGGAAUCCUCAUGGUGCAGCUGGCCAUCACAGCAGCAUUCAUUGCACUCUUCAUAUUUGAGCCAAACGUGCAACUAUAUUCACGACAGCACCCAGCACUCUACAUAUCUGCCAUGGUCAUAACAUUUGUGCUCAUGAUCGUGCUUGCCUGCUGUGACAGUGUUCGUCGUGCGUUCCCUGUCAACUUGGUUCUGCUCUUGUUAUUUACUGUUUGUGAAGGUGUUCUGCUUGGCACGGUCUCAAGUUUCUACGAAGUGAAAGAAGUGAUGAUUGCUGUGGGAAUCUGCACUGUUGUAUGCCUCGGGCUGACCCUGUUUGCUUUCCAAACAAAGUGGGACUUCACUGCAAUGUCUGGCAUCCUGUUCGUGUGCGCCUUGGUCUUCAUGUGCUUCGGCUUUGCCCUGAUCUUCAUCAAAGGAGAUAUUGUGCGCCUGGUUUAUGCAUGCAUUGGAGCCCUCCUCUUUUCUGUGUACCUAGUUUUUGACACUCAGCUGAUGCUCGGUGGCAACCACAAGUAUUCCGUGUCACCGGAGGAGUACAUCUUUGCAGCACUGAGUCUCUACGUGGAUGUCAUCAACCUCUUCCUCAUGAUCCUGCAAAUCGUUGGUUAUGCCAGCAGAGACUGAACAUCUGUACCUCAUCUUUGACACGCAGCUUAUGAUUGGGGGGCGGCACAAGUACUCCAUCACGCCCGAAGAGUACAUAUUUGCAGCCCUGACACUCUACAUGGAUGUCAUCACACUCUUCCUCUACAUCCUGGAAAUUGUGAGCCGUGCCAGCGGUGACAGGCGGGGUUCCUCCAGCUAUGUCUGACAUCAUUUUUGUUGUCUCCUGCCUUGUCGGCUUUCUUCGUUACAUUCCUGUGCCGAGCGAGUGGCUGCGACAUCUGAUGGUGCAAAACUGCGCACAAUGCCUGUUUUUCUUUUACAUUCGCGGGAAAGUACCACCUUUUUCUUUCUUUCGUCUUCUUUGUCUUUUUAGCUGUUAACCAUCUCUCAUCUUUGUCCUUCUACCCACACAAACGUGUACAGGUGGCAUGAUGUACAGUGCAGAGAUUUGGUAUGUAACUGUACAGUGGCACAAGUUGAGCCGGCGAGUGGAACGCAGACCUUGCCUUUUCCUUGGACAAAUAAAGCCUGUCUUUUAAAUGUUUAGCCUAAUGAUGGUGCAGAAGCAGGGCGAAUGUGAACUCAAGAAUAAUUAUGGUCCUACUGUUGACAUGAAUACGCAACAACACCAGAACCAGCAAGCUGUGUUGAAUAAGUCUUUAAGCGUUUUUACGUCCUGUUUUGUUGCGCUUGUUCUGGUAGGCCUACCCAUGUUGUUGCACAGCAGAAAGAAAAUGCGGACCUCUUUUCACAGCUGUUUUAUUUAAGGCAGUCAUGUCGUCAAGUGCUAAUGUUUGCCAAGAUGUCCACAAUGUUGUUGGUCUUGUCGCCAUUUCAUAAGUUUUUAGGAUCCAAGCCAUUUGGCUUGCUCCGUUAUGCUGUUUCAUUGCAACCAUGAGCAUAGCUUUCCUGAUGCAUGGCUUAAUAUUUAUAAUGUCCAUGUGAAACUUGGCCUUUUCACUUUUGCAUUAUGCUAAUGUGGCUUGUAAACAGCAAGUUUGCUUAAGAUUUCUGCUGGAGUUAUAGUUCCUGACUAUCUCAGAUGUGUUCAGUGUGACAGGUGAAACUUCAUGUGAAUAAAGCAAGUAUGUAAUAAUAUGAACCAUUCUAGCUCUCGUGCAGAAAGGCUUGUAGUUUUCAACUGCAUCAGGUGUUGGCAAAAUAUAGCCAUUCUGUUUCUGCAUAUCAUGUUUGCCAUUUGGCUUUAAUUAUACUGCACGGCUAGCUGAACUACAGUGCAAAGAUAGCUGUCAAAGUUAUAACAAAAUGCCACUGCUGUACUAGUAAUAAAGGGACGCCAAGAAGAAUUGGGCCAUAUCUGUAAAGUACAUUUUGUGAACUGUGAACAAUUCAUUCUUCCCUUAAGUGAAGGCCGAGUCUACCUGAAAAAGACUCAAAAAGGAAAUAGGAAUGGCAGCACAACAUUGAAAGUCUGACGUCAGCUCUAUGUGACAUCAUAAGCUUUGAGAGCAUCUGCUUGUGCCCCAUUGUUGCUAAAAAAAAAACAAUUGAAUUGCUUUUGGGAAGAGGCUGAGACUGACAUCUGCAUUAAAAGGGCUUGAAUGUGCAAAAAAAAAAAAAGAAAAUUGCUAUUUCCAUGACACUGCAAUGAUUUCAUCACAAUCGCGACUUGGGCGCAAGGUCUUUAGGAAGGAAAGUUGGGCCAUUUCUCCUUAGUUUCCCUUGUUUCAAAUAAUUUUCUUUUUCUGUCCAAGAAAUGCUGAUAGUUUUGAAUGAGUAAUCCAUCCAUCUAAACUAUUUUACCAAUUCUGUUUAGUGUUCAUUUAAGAUAAGUCUCAUCACAUGCUUGGCAAGUGAAUUUGUUAACGUAGAGUCUUUCUUGGAUCCACACCCGAGGAUGCAGCAGCGUGGCCCAUGGUGUCACCUUUGGCGUUGACCUAUCUGGGCCAUUGGGUUAUUGUGUGAAACCUGCUAUGUAUAUCGAUCAAACAUAACGGCUUUGUAAUGUAUGUUAGAAAAGCUACUGACUGUCAGUCAGCUUUUUUUGUAUAGAAAGAGAAAUGUUUAUUGUAUAUUGCUUGGUUUCUUAUUGAACACUACCGUCAAUCAGUGAAAUGAUGUAACAAUCCAUCAAAAAUCGCUUUGAAGUUGGUAGAUUUUUAUACAAGGUGCUUUCUGUAGCGCCAGGUCAGCAAUAAGCAUAAUGUUGCAACUUUUCAUUAUUUAUGUUUGAUAAUUCAAUGCUGUAAAUUUUUGAAAGUGUGAUGUUUGAUAUUUGCAGCGAUUAAAUUCUCUAUUUAAAUGGUUAACGGCUGAGCUUUAUGUAGAAGUAAGCUGUUUGCUAAAUGGGUCUCAUACAUUUCUUUGAGUCUCUGUGCUUUUUUUCAUACCUACACACAGUCUUUGGCAUAAGUUUAGCAUGUUCAGUCUCUGUUCUUGUUUCUCUGCCUGCCUGCAAAAGGAACUGGCCUACACAGAGAUUUUCUUUCUUUAGCUUACACUUUUGUUUAUUCAAGGUAAGGCUAGUUCACAAGUUACUGAGGCUAAUUGUCUAGUCACCCAUUUUUGUAUGCAUGCCUGGUGACCUAGUAUAGUAAUAUCGGAGAUGCCACAAGAUGACUAUUUACCAGAUCCGUGUGAGUAAUGCAUUUCUUUUGUAUUGCCAUUUAAAAUGAGCUCCUAGCUGUUUGUUGCAACGUUUGCACCUUAAUGCGCCAUGCCCAAGCAACAGGAAAGUUCCGUUGCACAUCAGAUCUUGUGCAUACCUACUACUUACUUGGUGCUUGUUCUCUCGUGACAAGCGUUGAACAGACAGCGGUGUGAUAUAGCCAGGUUGCUUACACGUAUGUCAAUCUAGCCCAGAUUGCAUUCACAAUUAUUUCGUGGUCCCAUGUGUGUCCCGUGUACAUAUAUUUUUCCUGGAUAUAGUGUAUAUGCACUUUCUCGCGCUGGCAGCUGGUAGAUCAAUACAGUCCACUUGCAACUAACCGUUUGUGAUCCCAGCUCCGUUGUACACAGCUGUAGCUCAGUCGGUGUAUAGUGUUGCUGGCAAAUAAAGAUUCUACUUUAACUGUUGA